AUGAAUAAAGCUUUAACAUUCACAGCAGUAGCAGGUAGUGCAUUGGUUGCAUACGCUGUUUACUUCGAUUACAAGCGUAGAAGCUCGCCAGACUUCAGAAAGAGCUUGAAGAAGAAGUCGGUCAAGCAACAAAAGCUCGCUGCUAAAGAACACGAAGACACCAAGAAAUCCAAGUUAGACGCCAUCAAGAAGGCUUUGACUGCUGAUUUGGAAGCUAACCCAGUCCCAACGGAUUUAUCAGAAAAGGAAAACUUCUUCAUGCAGCAGGUUGCUUUAGGGGAACAAUUAGCUACUGUGCCAGAUAAGAAGAUCGAGGCAGCCCUCUGUUUCUAUAAGGCGCUUGCCGUGUACCCUAAUCCAACCGACAUUUUGGGUAUCUACCAAAGAUCUGUUCCAGAGGAGGUGUACGAAAUUGUUGUUAUGAUGAUUGCUGUCCAACCACCAGCAGCUGUGACUAACAUUUUGGGAGCUGGUGGCGCUGCCGGAGCUGGUGCUGGGGAACCAGAAAUCAAGCCAUCUGAAGAAGACUUGGACUAA